ACCAUGGGUAUUUUCGACAAGUUACAGAAAGAUUUCAAGGAAUUCGUGCACUCGCUCACGACCGACGACCACUACGCGUCGUUUGACUCGCCGUACGCCAACGCCAACUCCGACAGACGCCCGCUCACCGCGGCGCUUAACUCCUCCAACUCCAACAACGCGCUGAGCACGUCCUUAAACGGGCCGGUCGCGUAUAGACCGGGCUUGCGCUCACAAUUGGCGCACAACGGCUCAGAUGUGCAGUUGCAGGACUACGACAGCGGCGAACCGCCAUUGCCGUCGAUGGAAUCGAUCUGGGAUCGCUUGGAUCGCUGGUUCGAGGAGGAGUACCCGGAAUUGGGCGACAAUUUGCAGGAGGGCGCCUCUGCCGCCGAUUUGAAUGAGUUUGAGAACGAUUUGCGCUGCUCAUUACCGUUGGACGUCAGACAAUCGUACACCAUCCACGACGGGCAGGUGCGCGGAGGGCAGCCUACCGGUGCUUUCAUGGGGCUCACGUUUUUGGAUCUCGAGGGUAUUUUCGAAGAGGCGCGCAUCUGGGAGCGCGUGGUUGCGAAGAUUGAGACGCUGAACCUCGCGAGCCACGCACGCGCGUCAACAUCAGAAGACGCGCGUGCGGCAAAGCCAAAGGCCAGACAGCAGAUCGACUUCCAGGCCAACCAGACAUCUGUACCAGAAGGCCACAUCCAACAGGUGUACGCCCACGCCGGAUGGAUCCCGUUGGCAAAGGACUGGGCGGGGAACAACGUCGCCGUUGACUUGGCCCCGGGCCCAGAGGGCCGCUGGGGGCAGGUCAUCCUCUUUGGCCGCGAGUUUGACCGCAAGAUCGUGGUUGCCAAGUCCUGGACCGAGUUUUUGUACCACUUAGUGGAAGACUACGAGGAUGGUAACUACUUGGUGGACGAUGAGGAUGAGAGCUUGUGGUACAAGUUCCGCGGCUCACCAGCGUCGUACAUGGACAUUUUGACAAAGAGGGUGGUUGGGAUUCAGAAGAUUAAUAACCAGACUCCGACCCCGAAAGUGGAGACGGGGGUUUCGUUGAGACAGGCCGCGACAGUCGCGUCGGCGAAUAGCAGAGUGGAGGUUGACUUGCCAAAAGUUUCCCUCCUCGCGGAGACGUCGAAGCCAUUGGCGGGGUCCUUGAUUGAUGAGCCAGAGCAGCCAAAGGAGGAGUCGUUGGCUGAGUCCUUAAUCGAUGAACCAAAGGUGGAGAAGAAGGAGCCGUUAAUUGAACCCUUGGUCGAUGAGUCAAAGAAAGAUGACGUUAAGGAAGUGAAGACUGAGCAGGUGAAGACCGAGCAGGUGAAGGAGCCGGUGGUUCCAUCGGACGAUCUUGACAGUCUCGACGAGGACUUGAAUGAAACCGAAGCGGUUUCCAAGAAGUUGGAAGAAGUUGCCUUGUAAGGUAGC